CCCUGCAAAGCCUGCCUGCACGCUCACGCUCACUUUUACCCCACUCUCAUGGUCCGGUACCUCCUCAGCGUAGCCACUCUCUCCGCUCUGUACUUGUGGCUCUGGGUCUCGUCCGUUGAUCACUGCACAUCUGACAUUGCUCCUCGCGACUGAUCACGACACACUUCUUGGAUCAUCUUUUGUCUCUCGCCCCGACAACGACGCCCGCACGCACACGUUCGCCGCCGGAAGGAUCGGAGUGGCGCGCUGCCGGGGACUGCUGUUCGUUCUAUCGAGUCAGGCGCGAUCUCUCCGGACAUUGGAACAAAGGAAUCGUCCGACAACUAUUUCGCACUUCUUUUGAUUCUACACACAGACCGACACGCCCGCCAUCAUGACUGCCGCAAAGGAAAUGUCCCGCCCGGCGAGCCAACAUCGCCUGUCCGUGGGCUCCCCUGCCAACAGCUUACCAACGCGGAAUUCAUACAGCCGCACACACUCUCACACGACCUCCUUGGGUGCCGUCAACCCCACGAACCGCAUUAAUCGUCGAAAGAGCUCAACAUUCUCCCGACCCGCAAUCAAUGGUGCGGCAUUGGACAAUGCCGUGGCCGAGGGCACAAUCGUGAACCGCCGCAGUUCCAUGUCGAAAUCCGCCCUUGCGUCGCUAAACGACGGACAUGCCGCCAUGCCCAGCAGCCUCCCGCAGCACGCCUCCGUUCCAGAGGACUCUGCAGUCGUCGACGGUCCUUCGCUCUCGUCCUUUCAGCACGAGAAGGCAGCAGCGAAGAUGCGAAGAGCGAGCGACGGAACGCGUCUGAGCAAGAAGGAAAAGGCAGCUACGGGAGAGCUCAAGUGCGAGCACUGCGGCAAGGCAUACAAACAUGGCAGUUGCUUGACCAAACACCUCUGGGAACACACGCCCCAAUGGCAAUACACCUCGAAACUGCUCAUUUCGAAACACCAGCAGGUCCAGCUUCUCGAAGCUGCCUCGGUCUUGGUCGCCAUGAAUCAAGAGGGCAAGGAUGGCGGAGACAGUGACGAUUCGUCCUCACCAGCCGCGUCCGGCUCCUCAGGCAUGCGGGACGAGGACUUGAGCUCCAACGAGACCACGCCUCCUCCGCAGAGCGAGCACGCGUAUAGGGACAGCAAGCGUUUCAGCGGUAAUAGCAGUAUCUAUUCGCGCUCGUACCAAUCGGUCUUCUCGAACGGAAGCGUUCCGAACGGAGAGCACGGCUUUUCGCACCACCGACAAUGGAGCAUGUCUAGCGCCAGCAGGCCAAUGACAGCAAAUACUUCCAUUGCGGAGAGCUACCGCGGGGAUGAAGACCCCCAGGAUUUGGCGGCUGCAGUGGGACUUCUCAGCUGUAGCUACGGCACUCCCAAAAAUGGCCCAACGGCCACCGGAGUCGAUGUACCGCCAGUCCCGCCGCUCCCUGCCAAAUACCAGGCCCACCAGCCUCAGCCAUAUUCCAACUACCGCAAUCAGGGCGAUGUCGAGAUGGAAGAUGAGGAUUCUGAUGACGAGCCCCACCGUCAACACCACCAUGCUCGUAACGACGAAGCAGAAUACGGCAUGUUUGGCAAGAUGGACGCGUAACACAAAAAGUACGCUUAUACAAUGACUUUUCUUUCCUUGCAGCAAAUGUCGAUGAUCAACAAAAAACCCAUGAAUGGAACGCAAACACGAUAACAACAUAUUUCACCAGUAGCAGUAGCAUUUCCGGAGCAGGAGGGGAUCUAGGCCAUGAUGGCGGAGGGGCGAAACUAGGCUCAAGGAGGCGGCGUUUUUCGUUCGAAUUUGGUUGAAUUGGAACCUUUGUCAAAUUGCAUAUUCCGUUCGAAGUGAGAGUAGGACAAAUCCGCUGGCGUGGCGCAGCUAGCCCGCUCAUCAGGAUCCAAAGGAGAAGGAAAAGAAUUUGUUGGCGAAAGUUUAGCUCCGCAGGAUAACUCAUAUUUUCCAGGCACCGAUGAGCAGAAAGGCAGAAACACGAACUUUGUCAUUGGAUACUGUUCGUCGAUUCCACUUUCCGCGAGGUUAAAGCUGGGGAAUUUGGAGAGGUAUUGUUAUCUCUUUUGCGUUGAGCAGACCACAGACAGCGAAGCAAUGGAAGCACUGAUGCAUAAAUAUGGGAUUUCCACAACGUUUCGUGUCUUGAGCAGGAAU